GAAGAGAUAAAGGGUAUUAGAGCCCAGCCUUAGAUGAGGCAUUACUGUCCUGUGGAUUACUGUAAUCUAGCCUCUGUGCCGUGGGCAUCAGCGUGGUCUCUCUCGUCCACUCACUCACAACGCAAGAUGGAGCAACGCAGGAGCUGUGGCGUUCUCUUGGUGCUUCUGCUGCUCACUGAAGGUCUGAUUCAAGUCCACACUCAGGAGGAGCAGGAGGUGACGAAGCCGUGGACGGCGAAAGCCUGCAAGUGCGACUGUGAGGGGGAGUCGCCCACGGAGACGAGUGGCAGCGUUGCGUUCGGCUCCAGCUUCCCAGGUGACUGCAUGCCAGAGUGUCCCUAUCAUAAGCCUAUGGGCUUUGAGGCCGGGUCCGUGUCUCCAGACCAGAUCAGCUGCCCUAACGAGGACCAGUACACCGGCUGGUUCUCCUCCUGGACCGCCAGCAAGGCCAGACUCAACAGCCAGGGCUUUGGGUGCGCAUGGCUCUCCAAGUACCAGGACACCAACCAGUGGCUGCAGAUCGAUUUCAAGGACGUGACGGUGGUGUCUGGCAUCCUGACUCAGGGCCGCUGUGAUGCGGACGAGUGGAUCACCAAGUACAGCGUCCAGUACCGCACCAACGAGAGCCUCAACUGGGUCUACUACAAGGACCAGACCGGCAACAACAGGGUGUUCUACGGGAACUCGGACCGGUCCUCGACGGUGCAGAACCUGCUGCGGCCGCCCAUCGUGGCGCGCUACGUCCGCCUGCUGCCCCUGGGCUGGCACACACGCAUCGCCAUCCGCAUGGAGCUCCUGAUGUGCAUGAGCAAGUGCACUUGA